AGUCAGCCCUAAUAUUGACUCUAAUUUUCUCCCCAAUAGUGCAAGAGUUAAAAGUCUCUUUCAAGCCGCAACCGGACUUCCUCUGAGAUUUCCCCUCACCUUAUCUGCCAUUGAAGCUCUGCCCCCAAAUCUUCAGCAAAGCUUUGUUCAUCCACUAUUCUUGUGAUUCUUCUCUGACUUGUUGCGGUUUUCUUGUACGAAAGGAUGGCAUCUCGAUUCUGGACUCAGCCUGGUAGCGAUUCUGAGGAUGAGGAAAGUGACUAUGAAGAGGAGGUUGAACCUACGGGUGGUGAGACUACCACCGAACCCGGCCUAAACCCUUACCUUCAGGCUAAUGCAAGUGAUAGCGAAGAUUCUGAUGACCAGAAGCGCGUUGUUAGAUCAGCGAAAGAUAAGCGCUUUGAUGAAUUGUCUGCGACUGUACAUCAAAUGAAGAAUGCGAUGAAUAUAAAUGACUGGGUUAGCUUGCAAGAGAGCUUUGACAAGAUAAAUAAGCAGCUUGAGAAGGUCAUGCGUGUUACCGAGGCUGUAAAAGUACCUACUCUCUACAUAAAAGCUCUUGUAUUGUUAGAAGACUUUCUGGCUCAGGCUUUGGCAAACAAGGAUGCUAAGAAGAAGAUGAGUAGUAGCAAUGCCAAGGCCUUGAACUCAAUGAAACAGAAACUGAAGAAGAACAAUAAGCAAUACGAGGACUUAAUUAAUAAAUAUAGGGAGAAUCCUGAGCAGAGUGAAGAUGAUAAGCCUCCAGAAGAGGAAACGGAUGAUGACGAUGAUUCUGAAAUUGAGGAUCCUACUGAUAUUGCAUUGUCAGGUAGCGAAGAACCAGAGGAAGAAGAAGAAGAAGAGGAAGAACCAACUGAAGCUGGUUGGCAGAAGAAGAUGAGUAAGAAAGAUAAGCUCAUGGAUAAGCAAUUCAGUAAGGACCCUAGUGAAAUCACGUGGGAUACUGUUAACAAGAAAUUUAAAGAGGUUGUGGCUGCUCGGGGCAGGAAGGGAACUGGAAGGUUUGAGCAGGUUGAGCAGCUUACCUUCUUGACAAAGGUUGCUAAGACCCCUGCACAGAAGCUGGAGAUAUUUUUCAGUGUUGUUUCUGCUCAGUUUGAUGUGAAUCCUGGUCUCAACGGGCACAUGCCUAUAAAUGUGUGGAAGAAGUGUGUGCAGAAUAUGCACGUUAUACUUGAUAUUCUUGUGAAGUAUCCUAAUAUUACGGUGGAUGACAUGGUAGAGCCUGAUGAGAAUGAAUCCCAGAAGGGACCAGAUUAUGAUGGGACAAUUAGGGUUUGGGGAAACUUGGUGGCCUUCUUGGAAAGGAUAGAUACUGAGUUCUUCAAGAGCUUGCAAUGCAUUGAUCCCCACACUCGUGAGUACAUUGAAAGACUCAGGGAUGAGCCUAUGUUUUUGGUUCUAGCUCAAAAUGUUCAAGAGUAUUUAGAACGGGUUGGAAAUUACAAAGCUGCUGCUAAGGUAGCCCUAAGGCGGGUCGAACUUAUCUAUUAUAAGCCACAAGAAGUUUAUGAUGCCAUGCGAAAAUUGGCAGAGCAUACAGGAGAGAGUGAUAAUGGUGAAGAGCCUCGAGCAGCUGAGGAAAGUCGUGGUCCAUCUUCAUUUAUUGUUGUUCCCGAGCUCGUUCCUCGAAAACCCACCUUCUCUGAGAGUAGCAGGACUAUGAUGGAUAUAUUGGUUUCCCUCAUAUACAAGUAUGGAGAUGAGAGGACUAAAGCUCGUGCAAUGCUUUGUGAUAUUUAUCACCAUGCUCUGCUGGAUGAGUUUUCCACUUCCCGUGACUUGCUGCUUAUGAGUCACCUGCAAGAUAAUGUUCAGCAGAUGGACAUUUCGACCCAGAUACUUUAUAACAGGGCCAUGGCACAACUUGGUCUGUGUGCAUUUCGUAAUGGAUUAAUUACCGAAGCGCAUAGCUGCCUUUCUGAACUAUAUUCUGGUGGAAGAGUAAAAGAGUUGCUUGCCCAAGGUGUAUCACAAAGUAGAUAUCAUGAGAAAACUCCAGAACAGGAAAGGCUGGAGAGGAGACGACAAAUGCCUUACCAUAUGCAUAUCAACCCUGAGCUCCUGGAGGCAGUGCAUUUGAUAUGUGCUAUGCUGCUGGAAGUGCCUAAUAUGGCUGCAAACACCCAUGAUGCGAAACGCAGAUUGAUCAGUAAGACAUUCCGUCGGUUGCUUGAGGUGAGUGAGAAGCAAACAUUCACCGGUCCCCCUGAAAAUGUUAGGGACCAUGUAAUGGCAGCUUCCAGGGCCCUUGGCAAAGGUGACUGCCAGAAGGCCUUUGAUGUCAUCAAUUCUCUUGAUGUUUGGAAGCUCCUUAGGAACCGUGAGCAUGUUCUUGAGAUGCUCAAGGCUAAGAUCAAGGAAGAAGCUCUCAGGACCUAUCUUUUUACCUUCUCCUCAUCCUAUAAGACUCUGAGCUUGGAACAACUCAGCACGUUGUUUGACCUUACAGAGGCCCAGACACAUAGCAUUGUUAGCAAGAUGAUGAUCAAUGAAGAGCUCUUUGCGAGUUGGGACCAGCCAACACGUUGCAUUGUUUUCCAUGACAUUGAGCAGACUAGGCUGCAGGCUCUAGCGUUCCAGUUGACUGAGAAGUUGGCAAUCCUUGCCGAAAGUAAUGAAAGGGCAACAGAAGCAAGAAUAGGUGGUGGUGGUGGGUUAGAUCUACCUCAAAGGCGGAGAGACAACCAGGACUAUGGUGCGGGAUCAGUUGCUGGGAGUGGCGGUAGAUGGCAAGAUAACAUGUCCUUCAAUCAAAGGCAAGGUGGUGGCGCUGGGCGUACAGGAUACAACGCUGGAGGGAGACCAUUCAACCAAAAUGCUGGAGGUGGGUAUAACAGGGACCGCACGGGUCAAUACAGAGGGACAGGGCAAAACACCCGUUAUCAAGAUGGUGCAUAUGCAGGAUCAGGGAGGUCCGCAAGGGGUUCUCAGGAUACUUCAACUCGCAUGGUCAGUCUAAAUAGAGGACUUCACGCCUAAACAUCAAGAAAAAGAAGUAUAAUUAUUCAGCAGCAUUUUGAUUAGAGCGCUUUCUGUUUCGUUUCUGUUCUCGAUUAAGUUCUCUCUUUGUAAACCAAGUCUUUGAUCGUUUGGAUUUACGUAUUUGGAGGCUUAAAUUUGUACUUUUAAACUUUGAGAGGUGGGGUUUUGUAUGCUAAAAUACUAUGGUUAUCAAAUCAUGCAAGGUUUUUCUUUGUA